GUCAUCUGCAACAAAAAAAAUGCCAUAAUCCAUUUUUAAAGGCAACGGGCUUUUUCCCCCUUCUAGGAAUUUACAUUUUUCUACAAGUGUUGUGGCUGAGCGCUCCUGUGAAACAAAACGACACGAAAGGGAACGUUUUUGGCAUUAUUCAAUUACUCGCUGUGAAGCAGUGACGCUUCAUUCACUACCUUUUCUGAGGAGGAAUCUCUUUUUCCUCCAUUUGAAGGGGUGGAUAAGGCUGGAGAGGGGGGCAUAGGGGAAGUGGAUGUCGCGACUGUGCGAUCUGUCCCGUUUUCACCGGGACCCGUGUUGGUGGUGAGCCGCCGCGGAGCCGUUGUGGGAGUGUCGCGACGCACGCGAGGAUAGUUUCCCCUGGAUUUUUCAAUCAUUUGCGAGAUAAGGCUCCCGGACCUCCUCCUCCUCGUCGUUGUCGUCGACGCUGCCCUCCCUUCCUCAUCCUCCCGGUUUUUUCUUCCUCUCUUACCUCCGUGAUUUUGCCGCGGUCCGCACGCGGGGUAGAGGCUCGCGCUCACCGCGAGAGGACUGAACGCAGCGCGCGAAGCCCCCGACCCCCUCCCCCACGCUCAACCCCCCUUCAGAUCAUCUCCUCACCUCCCUUCUCAUUUUUUCCCUUAAUAUUUUUCCUCAGAGGACGAUUGGGGGGUUAUUUCAUUUUUACCCGCCUUUUUGUUUUCCAGCGGCCACUCGGACUGAGUGAUAUUUUCGUGUGUGUUUUUUCUCGUUUCUGAAGCCCCGACGAGGCCGGGCUGUGUACAGUAAAGCAGUGGGGAUGACUUUAGAGUCGAUGAUGGCCUGCUGCCUGAGCGAAGAGGCCAAGGAGUCGAAACGAAUCAACGCCGAAAUCGAUAAGCAGCUGCGUCGAGACAAACGCGACUCGAGACGGGAGUUGAAGCUGCUCCUGCUCGGCACGGGUGAGAGCGGCAAGAGUACGUUCAUCAAACAGAUGCGUAUCAUCCAUGGCACCGGGUACACAGACGAAGACAAACGUGGAUUCACCAAGCUAGUGUACCAGAACAUCUUCACCUCCAUGCAGUCCAUGAUCCGCGCCACUGAGAACCUGAAAAUCGGCUACAAGUAUGAGCAGAACAAGGCAAACGCCAUGCUGGUGAAGGAGGUGGACAUUGAGAAGGUGUCGUCAUUCAACCAGCCCUACAUUAGUGCCAUUAAGAUGCUGUGGACAGAUCCAGGCAUUCAAGAGGCCUACGACAGACGCCGAGAGUACCAGCUGUCAGACUCCACGAAAUACUAUCUCUCUGAUCUGGAUCGUAUCGCCGAGCCCUCCUAUCUUCCCACCCAGCAGGAUGUUCUGAGGGUUCGAAUCCCGACCACGGGGAUUAUUGAAUACCCGUUCGACCUUCAAAGCAUCAUUUUCAGGAUGGUUGAUGUUGGGGGUCAGAGGUCAGAACGCAGGAAGUGGAUCCACUGUUUUGAGAAUGUGACGUCCAUCAUGUUCCUGGUGGCUCUGAGCGAGUACGAUCAGGUUCUAGUGGAAUCGGACAACGAGAAUCGUAUGGAGGAGAGCAAGGCUCUGUUCAGGACGAUAAUCACAUAUCCAUGGUUCCAAAACUCUUCUGUCAUCCUCUUCCUCAACAAGAAGGACCUGCUGGAGGAGAAGAUCUCCUACUCCCACCUGGUCGACUAUUUCCCAGAGUUCGAUGGGCCCCAAAGGGAUGCCCAGGCCGCACGGGAGUUCAUCCUAAAGAUGUUUGUGGAUCUGAACCCCGACAGCGACAAGAUCAUCUACUCGCAUUUCACCUGCGCCACCGACACGGAGAACAUCCGCUUCGUGUUCGCGGCAGUGAAAGACACCAUCCUGCAGCUAAACCUGAAGGAAUACAACCUGGUGUGAGACGUGCGACGAGUCCGACACAUGAAUCAGCAUAGAACAGGCACCCACAGAGUGUGCGCACACCUACGUCCACACACACACAUACAUGCAUGCAUCAUGUACACUUUCAGAAACACGGUUCUUUUGAUUUCUCUUUCCCAGCUUCCAGAGUUUUUCUCUUUCUGUCCAGCGGAAUCAUAACAGACGUGUCCUGCUCGUCAUUUGUUUUUUAUUUGUUUGCCCAAGUCUGUCCGCUCAUCCCCGGCAGCUCUUGUCAAAGGCCUCUUUCCCUUUUAUCAAAUUUGACCACCGAAAUAAAGUGGCUCGGAUUUGACAAAGGGUGUUAGACUCCGACUCCGCGCUCCAACGUUCGCGUAUUUCAUGGAAAUGUUGGAUUGGCGGAGCUACUAUGAGAAUGGUCUGUGAUAACGCUGGCCUGAAAAACUGGAAGUGACAUUCCUUCCCCUUUCCUGUGCCGUCACUCGCUCCAAUCAUGUCAUCUGCUCCGAGCGUUUCUCGGGAAUUCUGCGUGGAUGAAUGGAAAAAUGUGGUUUUCACAGCCCUGCAAAAAGACAAAAAAAAAAAACACAACAUACUUACAUGGACACAUGGACUAGUGCUGUGGUGCCAGAAGUUCCGAAACGGAUCCUUCUAGAAUUCCGAGGAUUCCGGCGGAUUCUAGAAUCCAAUGGGUUCCAGCGGGUUCCACUGAUGCUGUGGAGAACCUGUCACUCGCAGAGAUGAUUCUCUCGACGAGGCUAGUCUUCAACGUGCAUCGAUGAAUGUAAACUUCAUGUGAGAGCAUCGCAAAUGCAAAAAAAAAAAAAAAA